AUGAGUUACCUGUAUAGCCGCGGUGUCUUCACACCCGGGCAGCUUAUGGAAUCCAAAGCGAACGCACGGUCUCAGGAUAUUUACUGGUUUGACAGUAACGAUGAACGUGUAAGUGAUGCAGUGACAGUUCGCCUUCUUGUAUCAAUGAUUGAUUCCAUCAUAGCUCAUUUUAACGGGCAUGUACCGUAUAAAAUCUGCGGGCGUUCGCGGGCAAUGCUAGCAAUUUACCCGUCGAAUGGUACUCAUUAUGUCAAACAUGUUGAUAACCCAAUUAAAGACGGCCGCUGUAUCACGAGUAUUUACUACUGCAAUCAGAAUUGGAAUGCUAAAAAGGAAGGAGGCUGCUUCAGGCUUUUUCCGGAUACAUCAGAUGUCCCACUAGACAUCGAACCGCGUGGCGAUCGACUGUUGUUUUUAUGGUCGGACCGUCGAAAUCCUCAUGAGGUUCGACCAGUGUUUAGAGAUCGGUAUGCUGUAACGGUUUGGUAUUUUGACACGGACGAAAAAUUAGCUGCAUUAGCAAGGAGACGUAAGCAAGACGAGUUUGAAGAAACAAAAAAACACAUGCAGCAUCUACGAUCUGUUCUCUUCGACAAUGAAGAGACUUCGCAGUUGCAACUGCCGCCUUUCAAAGACUGUGAGAAACUGGAAUCGAACGAAUUGUCAUCGCUUGACAAUAUCCCAGUUCAAUCGGACAUUUUCCAUCCUGCAGUAUCUCUCCUGCAGAACAAUCGUUACGAACCGGUUUUGAAGCAAAACAGGCCAGUUAAUGUGGAGACGGUAAGUUGUUGCUGUUUCAAAUCAGUGAGCUUGCCUCGGUCACUUAUUAAGCUACGUUGGUCACUUAUUCGGUAA